UCCGUUUCCUGUGUGUACUCACCGCUAUCCUCUCUCUUGGAUGCGGGCUGCCGUCAUCCGCCUGCAGCAUCAGAAAGUAGCUGUGAAGCGGAGAUAAUAAAUUAGCCUCCGCUGUUUGCCUCGCUCUGUAAGGAAAGAUGGUGGCCAAACAGAGGAUCCGCAUGGCCAACGAGAAACACAGCAAAAACAUCACGCAGAGAGGAAACGUGGCCAAGACUCUGCGACCGCAGGAGGAGAAGUACCCCGUGGGUCCCUGGCUGCUGGCUCUCUUUGUCUUUGUGGUUUGUGGAUCAGCUAUCUUUCAGAUCAUCCAGAGCAUCCGGAUGGGGAUGUGACCCCCCCCGCUCAUCUUUCCUGAUGUCCUCACUGAGCCUGGACUACACCCCCCCACCCCCACCCACCCCCCUUGCCUUGAAUCAGCGUUUACAGUGUUGCAGUCUGUGGGACUGACAGCUUUUCUAUGGACAGUCUGAAACCACGCCGGCUGGAAAACAUGGUUCCUCAUCAGCUUGAGUGCGUGACAAUGUGCCAUACUUGAGUCUUGAACUUUUCAUCUGUACUGUGAGAAAAAAAGAUUUUUCCAAAUAAAUGUUGAGCAUUUGGGUGACAUCUGUUGUGUUUUUUUUAAACACAUUCAGUCUUUUGGGUUGAAGAAUUCUAUUUUAUUUUAUUCUUCAUUAUUUUAAAGUUCCUGUCUUUUAUUUAUAUUUGUUCUGCCUUAAUUUGUCAGCGUUUACCGGUGUACAGCAGUUGUUUCAAAUGUGCUUUUUAAAUAAACUUUGACUUGACAAACA